GGGAAGAGUGGAGAAGCCGUGUGCACUGCUGCAGCUGCAUGGACCACAUUCACCAAUGUCCGUGAUUCUUCUGUUUGAGUGAAUCAGCAGAACUGCACUCCUGUUCUGGACGAAGAGACUUCUCCUUGCCCAGUGGAGAAAUACUCUUGAUUCCUGCACCCCAUAUUCAAAUCUGCUGAGAUCAACAAAAAAGAAAUGAUAAAAUUUUUUCUUAUGGUAAACAAACAAGGGCAAACAAGGCUCUCUAGGUAUUAUGAGCAUGUAGAAAUUAAUAAACGCACAAUGCUGGAAGCUGAAGUAAUCAAAAACUGUCUUUCCCGUUCAAAGGAUCAGCUGCUACGUCUGACUCGUUUUGCUUCUGCCCAGUGCUCCUUCAUUGAGUACAAGGACUUCAAGCUGGUUUACCGGCAGUACGCAGCCCUCUUCAUAGUCGUUGGAAUCAACGAGACAGAGAAUGAGAUGGCAGUAUAUGAACUAAUUCAUAAUUUUGUGGAAGUUUUGGACAAAUACUUCAGCCGAGUGAGUGAAUUAGAUAUCAUGUUCAAUUUGGACAGAGUGCACAUCAUUUUGGACGAAAUGGUGCUAAAUGGUUGCAUCGUGGAAACAAACAGGACCAGAAUUCUUGCCCCUCUGCACGUGCUUGACAAAGUGGCAGAAAGCUAAGGCAGAUGCAAGACGGCUGCAGCAGCAUCUCACAAAAGGUGAUGAAAUGGUCGGGCAUGUGGUGCCAGCAGUUCCCUGAGGUCAGCAGACCCACUCCUGCAACAUCCCAAUAUUGGAGAAGAGUUCCUGUUUCUCCUACACGCUCCCUACUGAAUGGAAGGACACAGCUGAAUGUAAAGUGGAAUAUUCACAGUUUCAGAUGCAGCUUUAUUGAUGCAGCAGAAAUCUUUCUAGAACAGUCAACGUUUUUAAAAAUUGACUGGGAAUAAAGUAAUGGAAACUUACAGGUGACCACCUAGGUGUCACCUUGGAUUACACAGCAUUGUGCCACGGCUAUGAGAAGACAAAAGGUAUCAAAAUAUAAAUUCAAACUGUUUCAGUACUUAAGCAUCAAUUUGUCUUUUUUUUUAUUUUCAUCCAAAUGUACUCUAAAUUAAAAGUUCUGUAACUUUUAUGACCACUUUUAAACUAAUUUCAGCCUGCAUCAAAAAGCUGGUUUCACUCUCUUUUUGUGUAAGUCAUGGUUACAGAAGAAAUGCAAAUAACUUAAGUACAGAUGUAGUUAGGAUUCCUGCAUACUGUUUAAGUUGUAACUGGAAGUAUUUGACACUUAAAUAUUAUAACAUUAAUAAAAGAUAACUAAAAUAAAAAGUUUGAUCAUCUUA